ACGUGAUAAGAAGCUAAGCGGUAUUCACUCCAUAUCCCACGUAUCUGGACGUAUUCAUAGCGCCAUGAGUUGAGCAGCUUAGAUGGAGCGCCGAAAACUCUCUACAGCGUUCAUCUGCUUUAUCGGAGCGCUGCAUUAUGCGAUAUCAUGGGACUUCGAGUCGAUACCGAAAAAUGCAACGGUGCAAGUCGGAGAGGAGACCCUGAUAGCUUGCAAGGCACCAGCAAAUAUCAACCCCAGCUAUAGCUACAACAAACUAAAAGGCGCACUGACGGACAGAGCGAUUCGAGACGCAGGCGGACUUCACAUCACUAACGUACAACACAGUGACGAAGGCUGGUACGAGUGUGUUGUCAACUCCGAUGAGGGGUCGAAGUCAGCGCGUGCCUAUCUAAACGUUAUUGAUCCUCUUAUGUUCAGUACGAGGCCACAUAAUGUGACCGUCUCUCCUGGUCACAAGGCGACACUUGACUGCGCGGUCAUGACUGACAGUCCUGUCAUCUACACUUGGCUCAAAGGAGGCCAACCAAUCACGUCGUCCGCAGAGAUCACAGUGAACACCGGUAGACUCACUGUGUUCUCGGUUCAACUGUCCGACGUCGACAUAUACACAUGCAAAGCGUCGACAGCGUCCGGACGCAUCAUUACUGCAGACGCUGCAAUCCUAAUAACAGGCUUGACGGCUCCGCGAUUUAGCGACAUUCCUAACGACACGGUCAUCCCAAAAGACGCGUCGGUAACAGUUCAAUGUGCGGCCACUGGAACACCAACACCCCAAAUCGAGUGGCAACACGACGGGAAAACAAUUUCCGGCGAGACGUCAUUGGCCGUCCUGGACGGGAAUCCUCACAUCACCCAGGCGGCAGUCAAAGCGUCCGGCGUAUACACUUGCAUCGCUUCCAACAUUAAAGGGUCGGUGUCGCAUAGCAUCAAAAUCACCGUCACACGUAAGACAUUCCCAAAGAGACGUCUUUAUACACUGCCUUCACAAGAGACCACCACCUCGAAUCCUACUACAGACCGUAGAUCAUCGGGUGAAAUCUUGGGUGACAGGACAUUGUUUAUUGCCACUGUGGCGGCGAGCAUUCUUCUGGUGUUGCUUAUAGCAGCGGCAAUUAUUGUGUGGUGGAAAUGUGGACGGAAGAAAGGCCACUUGUCAAGAAGAUCUUCCUAUAGUUCACGACGACGAAGCAGCAGACGUCAUCGUGGCCGCAGCAGAGACUUCAACGAUGACUUCAGAUUUACUCAUUCGUCCUUCAUGAUGGGUUUCUCUGAUAACAGCUAUCCAAGCUCCAUGCCCCUAUCAGAAUUCGACUACAACUCCAGACCCGUCAGUUUCAACUUUACCACGCAGAGCAGUAAAGCAACCAAUUUCAGGAGUCACAGGAAAAGUAGCUUCUCACCGUCCAACUAUCCCAACCCUGGGCAUCCCUACCCAGUGAGCAAUCCCACCUUCGGUCUAGACGACAUCGAGUCUACACUCCAACGUCAAAUGCAAGAGCUGGACGAAUUCGAAACGAGCACCCAAUCCACACCUCAAUCAGAAGCAAGCUCUCGUCACAGUAGAAACACACAUAGAGUACAUCUCUCUACAGUGGGAGUAACUUCGACUCCAAAAUCUGAUACAACAAAAGCGCCAACUGAAGCAAUGCGUCAUCGCACACUAUCACAAAUGAUGUCCGGAGAGCCCUUCGAAGAGCCAGAGGAAUGGGGGCCAGAACACGAGUUUGUGCUCAACAUACAGGCCAACAUACGCAUGAGUCGACUCUGGGAGGUCGAUUCUAACCUGAGAGCACUAAAGAUGGCACAAUAUGAUGAGGAAUCAGAUGAAGACAUUCAAGAGUAAGAAGACAGAUGAAAUGGCACUCGACUAUAGUUAACAGCUAUAGCUCAUAAUAAUCACAAACUAUACACUAGCAUCUAUCCAUAACAAGUAAAAAAUAUCACUGUUAGUAAAUUGUAAUCACGUUAUCUACCAUUAAA